ACAGCGCUGCAGCAGAACCAGAACCUCUGAGGAGAACUGACCAGGACCCGAUGGUGGUUCUGGACGAGCGACAGCGCCGUGUGACGGGAACCAAAGAGGUCCGCUUCUGGUCGAUGCUCGAUCAGAACCAGAGCCCGACUCUCGUGACCGCUCUGGCUGCUGGGUCAGAACCAUCAGGCGGACAGGAAGUGAGCCGUGUGGCCCCACCCCUCUGCAGGAGGUCCCUCCUCCACUGACCGUCACCCUCCUGUGUGGACACACACACACACACACAGGUGAGCGAUGAGGGGAUGAGGCUGGGGAAAGGGUGACAGCCAGGAGAGGUCCCCACGAGGCCAGAGAGACGGACCUGUGUGUGUGGGUGUGUGGCCUCAGGGGUUUGGACUGGGGCUCUGACAGGCAGCUCAGACUCACCCACACCCACCCAGGCUGCUCUCCUCCCUCUGGUCUGCUGGACCCUCGGGCACCUGGGCCCCACCUUCAGACCCCGCCAGCGUCUGAGGGCUGAGGUCUCCACGGGUCUCUGGGGAGGCAACCUGAGUUCCCAGGGUCAUGAGAGAGCUGGCUGGAGCAGAAGAUCACAGCUCUGCCUCUGAGAUGAAAGGUCUCAGCGUGUCAACCAUGCGGGAGGAGGAGCAGCCUGCCGCUCAGAUGAGACGGCAGCCGCGUGGAGACAUCUGCAGGGGUUCAGCCAGAGUGGACUCCACGUCACUCUGAGUCACUUGAGUCUCACUUCUGCCUUCCAGCGCCUGCUCCCACUCGUGUGCCGCAGCUCCUCCAAAGCGUCAGAUGUGUCUGCUUGCUGGAUUAGCUGCCGCGGAUUGUCACACGCUGCUGACUCACUUCAGCUCUGGGUCUGGAUUGAAGUGCGUCUCAUCCAGGUCACAGUACCGGCCGGCGAGGCCUGGCGUCCGGAUGAGACUCACUCAUGAGAGAGUCAGGAGAGCUGUCGGGUCAGAACCAGGAGCCUCCUGAGCGGUGGCUCUGGUCCCGCUGCACCAGGAUCCAUCGCGGCCCAACUUCAUUUGUUGAAGCCAAAACGUGGAGAAAACUUUAUCAUUCCCCCCACGUCCCCCUCCCGCCGCCCCUCCAUCACAGGGGGCUUCUUGUGUCUCCACCAUGUGACCGAGCGAGAGGGGAGGGGGACUCGCUCGCUCGCUCUCUGCUGCUCCUGCACUCGCUGGCGCGGUCGGUUCCGAGUCGCCGUGGAUUUCCGUCCGGAUUUUCGCGACCGCACUCCGCCGCAGCCGGACCUGGGAACGGCGCAUCGUGGACCUGCGGCUGGACGCUCCCGCGGUGCCGUCUCCGCCGAGGCAGCGGGACCGGAGCGCAGAGGCGGAGCUUCUCCCGGCCAAAGUUUCCGCCACUGGUGCCGCUCACCCGCUGCGGACGGACUGAUGGUCGGCGCUCCGAACCGGGAUGGGGCUCAACUUUAGCUGCUUCCCGGAACCGAGGUGCGUCCCUCCUCUGCCAUGGCUGCCUGCUCCCUGCUGCUGCUGCUCCUCCCCUGGUGGCUGUGGGGGGCCUCCUCACAGUCUCCGCAGGGGCCCCUGGACUGGCUGCUGUCGGACAAGGGGCCCUUCCACCACUCGCAGAGCUACCUGGACUUCAUGGAGAAGAACCGACAAGGCUUCUCCACCCGCUACAAGAUCUACCGGGAGUUCGGCAGGUGGAAGGUGAGCAACCUGGUGGUGGAGCGACGAGACGUCAUGGAGUCGCCGCUGCCUUUGACCUCUGAGUUCAUCAGGAACAUCCGGCAGCUGGGACGCAGACCCAGCUGCCGCAUGAUCACGGACCACCUGAUCCGGAAGUACGGGACCCACUUCCUGUUGUCGGCCACUCUGGGAGGAGAAGAAGCUCUCACCAUCUUCGUGGACAAGAGGAGGCUGAGGGGGACGGAGGCCAGCAGCGCCUGGUCUGGGAACUCCUCCGUGUCCCUGGAGUCUCUGCACCAACUGGCUGCCUCCUACUUCAUCGACAGAGAGAGCACCCUGCGCACGCUGCACCGCCUCCAGAUCACCUCCUCCGCCGUCAAGGUGACCGAGACCCGCACCGGACCCCUGGGCUGCAGCAACUACGACAACCUGGACUCGGUGAGUUCUGUGCUGGUCCAGAGCCCGGAGAACAAGGUCCAACUGCAAGGUCUGCAGGUGAUCCUGCCGGACUACCUGAGGGAGGCCUUCGUGCGCAGCGCGCUCAGCUACAUCGCCUGUAACGGCGAGGGAGAGUUGCUGUGCCGCGACGGCGAGUGCUGGUGCCAGUGCCACGCCGGGUUCCCAGAGUGCAACUGCCCGCUCCAGGACCUGCAGGCCCUGGAGGAGAGCCUGCAGAGGAUCUGGGGCAGUUGGGAGGCCCAGCACCAGGAUUUCCGGGAGUCUGAUGAGUUCAAGUCCUUCCAGUUGCGCCUCCCUCAGAGCCACUUCCUCAACUCCACCAUGCUGCGGGACAUGUGGGACACGGACCUGCGGCUGCAGCGGAGGUUCCGCCAGCUGGAGAGCAGCAGCCAGGCUCUGAGCCGCCGCGCCCGCCGCCUCCUCCACAGGCUCUUCAGCCUCAGCAAGAGGUGUCAGCGGCAGCCGCGGGUGCGACUCCUCCGAGAACGGCCGCGCUCCUACUGGCUGACCCUGCUGCAGUCGCUGCUCUACUGUUCCCAGAACAACCAGCUGGGCUCCUUCUCCGAGGAGCUGCGCGGCUGCAGCUGCCGCUUCCAGCCCGGAUCCUGCCAGCUGCCGCCGCCUUGCUCGGUCGGCCUCGGCUCCAGCUGCUCCUCCUGCGCCGCGGAGGACCAGACGCGCUGCGGCGGCUGCAACGCGGGCUUCGCUCUGGUGCAGGGCUCCUGCCAACCCGCCGUGGCCGACUCCACCGAGAACUACCUGGGCCUGGAGAGCCACAUGCAGGACCUGGAGCUGGAGCACCUGCUGAGGAGGUCCGACCGCCGGCUGGAGGUCCACACCAUCUUCAUCAGCAACGACGUGAGGCUCAACAGCUGGUUCGACCCGGCGUGGAGGAAGAGGAUGCUGCUGACGCUGAGGAGCAACAAGUCCAAGUCCAAGCAGGUGCACAUGCUGCUGGGGGUCUCCCUGCAGCUCUGCCGGACCCCGAACAGCACGCUGGAGCCGGCGCUGGCCCUCUACAUCAACCCCUUCGGCGGGAGCCACUCGGAGAGCUGGCUCAUGCCGCUGGGCCGGGACCGCUACCCGGACUGGGAGAGGACUCCGCUGGACCUGCCCUUCCACUGCUCCAACUGGACCCUGAGGCUGGGCGGCAGGUGGAAGACCUUCGUGGAGACGCUCCACGUCCACCUGCGCGGCCGGGUCACGGCCCAGGAAGCGGCCGACCACAGCCCGGACGACGAGCCCCUCGAGGGGAACCGGGGCUACGUGAAGAUCGCCGGCGUCCAGGUCUUCGGCUACAGCAUGCCCUUCGACCCCGAGGCCAUCCGGGACCUGAUCCUGCAGCUGGACUACCCGCACACCCGGGGCUCUCAGGACUCGGCCCUGCUGCGCCUGCUGGAGAUCCGGGAGCGGGUCAACCGGCUGUCGCCGCCCGGGCCGCAGAGGCUGGACCUGUUCUGCUGCCUGCUGCGCCACCGGCUCAAACUGUCCAGUGGCGAGGUGGGCCGCAUCCAGGGGGCGCUGCGGGCCUUCAGCUCGCACCUGCCCGGCGCCGUGGAGGACCAGAGCAUCAAGCUCUGCAGCUAACAGCUGCUGGAUCAUCACGGGGGGAGCAGGUGGCUGGGCUUUUUCUACUCCACCACUGAAGAGGAACCACAGGAACGGGACCUGCUCAGCUCUGCUCACCGGCGCCUGCAGGAGAGGCUCAGCCUCGGUGUCCA